AUGAUGGCACGUGUCAAGCGUGAGGGAAUGGCGGCCGUGAUCAAUCGACAGCGACGACGAGUUGGAGAUGCCAACUUACCCGCCGCUCUCGUUCGGAUGCACGCGGUGGCACGCACCGAGCAGAUCCCAGUCAUGCUACGCGAUGUGUAUCGGGACCAGACCGACGUCGCACUUCCUAGCUUACUAACAAAGCAGUUUGGUCUUGCACGACGACAAGCUGUGCCACGAGUGCUGAGCAACAUGUUGAAUAGAUUGCACGUGGAGGCUGUACCAGCUCUUCUCGGACGGCAGAUUGAGACUCAACAGACCAAUUUUGUGCCUCGAACACUUGCCUCUUUGAACAUCAAAAUGCAGCGAGUCGUACCAUUUGUGCUACGUGCCAUCAAGAACGAGAUCGUGGCGCGUGACGUAGCCACUAACCAGGCGACGAUUGAUAACGCAAAGCUAGCAGUGAUUAAUCUGUGGAGACAACAAGGAAGUUCACCGACAGACUUGGACGCUUGGAUUGAUGACAGCCCCACUAACCAAGAACGAACGGGGUUUGAGCUAUUACCGGCAACGUCAUCACUAGAACUGAGUUUGGAGGCUGCGACUCUGUUGCUAGGCUCGCGUCCGUCGAAUCUCCGCUUUUUACUCGUAGACUACGACUCCGUUCAAACCGCGACCGAUGGGCUUGAUGGCCCUCAAACAACAGCAACAGGUUUUGCGAUCUGGAAGCAGGUUGUGGCGCUAAAUGAGACGGCCAUCGACUGUGUUAUCGAAGGCGUUAACAAUGAUGUGGCAUUUGCAGCAGAUUACCUCACACGAGAGCAACUGAUGGCGAUCCGAGACUACAUCAUCGUCUGGGCUCAGAGUGGGAUUGUGCAGCGUGACAGACAGCGAUACUGGCGAAACGCCUUUGCCAAACGCACUAUUAGCAGCGAUAGGAGUGACCCAGAGGUGGAUUUGGAUCUCGAACGGGUAGGCAUUCAAGCAGGUUUCAGCCUUCAGCCAUUGUCGACGUCUUCCGGUGGAACGACCGUGAGUGCUGACGUUGCACAGCAAGUUUGGAACUCGUCGUCGACCAAUUUUUCUUUUGUGGACCCUGCAGGUUUCACGAAGUGGUUGGGCAUAGUGGAUGGCUCAACGACAGCGUCGACUUCGGGACUGCUAGCAGGUGUUACGGGGAUUACGAGUGCCGAGGUAUCUGCUAUUUUGACGUGGAUUAAGGCCUUACUAGACGACGGAUUCAUUCGACGUCGAGCUUUACGGCAUUGGGCCGAUGGAACCUGCACGACUGUGAUGCAUUUGACGCGCCACAAUGGCUGCUUGCGAUACGAUUUAGAGCCCAAUACCGACGGCUUGCAACUAGGUUUCGAAAUGAACCCAGAGGCUGUGGCUGAACUCGGAUCUGGAAUAUCAGAGAAUGCUCGAAACGUGCUAUGGGACGUCACGGAAGGCGUCUCCUUCUUACGUCCGGUCCAUUCUUCUGAUACAAAAUACUACGCUGGGUGGGUACGAGCCAUUCGGACGAGUAACUACGCACGUCUGAUCGAUGACUCCCAGCAGCUUACAACACUCGCUGUAACGGGAGUUAGUGCUCAAGCAAUUGGGAGAUGGCUCAGGAGCUGGGCUCACAACGAGCUAUACAAGUUCACAGUGUACUAUUGGUGGCUACGAAGUACCUGCUGGCCACGUGUGGAGCUCAGUGAAACUCAAGUCGGUUCUGCUACUGUGACGACGGGAGAACUGGAGUGCAAAGAGACAUCGACCGAGCAAGAACAAUCCACAGCAGCGACAAGUGCUAACGUGUCUCCAUUCUUCACGGAUGUGAGGACGUAUCAAGUGACCGAAGUUACGUGUACUACCACAGGACCUACCUUUACGAAGACCCAGACGAUCUAUACACGUCAAGCUCGUGUAUUUUCCUGUGAUAUGGUGUCGACGAGUUUAGCGGACGACCAAGAUGAUGGAACGGUGGGGUUUGAACUCGCUCCUAUGGCUCAGAAUGACGCAGAGCGGAUUAGUCUCGCUGCCGCAAUCUCACUAUGGAAUCCUGUCAACGAACUAUCAUUCCGCAAUACUCAAGGAUACGAGAAGUGGGUCCGCUUAGCUACGCAUAUCAGUGAAGGAACUAACGUAGUUGCGGCUGAAACACAAGCGGUUGCUGAUGCAGUGAACGAUGCGAUUGCUCGAACAUGUGAGGAUAGUAUGAAAGGUGGAGGAUCAAGUUCUGGGGUUUUCAACGUGACGUUGAUCGAUACGAGCUGCACACAGGUGACGAGGGCUCAUGUGACUAAAAUUGCGGCUUGGGCGAAAGAGCAGAGUAGCUCUCAGUGGGUAAAGAAUAGUCUGCUCGAUCAAUGGCGACGAGGUGGUGCUGGUGAAUUGGACAUUGAACCAUAUCGCGAUGGUCUUCAAAGUGGACUUGAACUCACGACUGGCUGCGAGACAACUCUGUUUUCAUUGAGUGCGAGUGAAUGCUCGGCUAUCACCAGUGGGAAUGGCGCACAAUAUGAAGUCCCUCGUGAAGCCCUUGACCUGUGGGAUGCAACUCAUGCUGCUUCUAUUCUAUCCACUAAAGGUUAUGCAUUGUGGGAAGCAUUGGCUGUGGCCGUAGCAGGUAAUGACGGAACAAGUAAGGACUCUGCGCAGAAAGAGAUAGCGAAACUUUGUAGCUCCUCCUGGGAAAUCUGGAUGGAGCGAGUAUUCCAGUGGCUUCAGCGAUGGAAAUCGAAUGAGCAUCUGGAGCGCGAUGUGCUGGGUCAUUGGCUCUAUGCUCGUUGUCCAACUACACCGACAACUGACACCAUAUCGGAGCCCGCACCUCAAACUUCCACGGUCUCUUCCUGUACAGAGUCAUACACUUAUACACUCUCCCCGGGUCUAGAUGAGAUCCAACGCAGUGCUUCACGGCCAGUUUCCUUCUUUAAUGCGAAUAUCACCCAAGAGGCAGCACUUAUCCAACCUACAAAAACUGUCGAUGUGACCGAAGUUUGGACAAAAUGUGUAGCCCUGACACCGUCUAGUUUCACCCAAACUGUAAGAACUCGGCAGAGCAGGAAAAAGUACCAAGUGUGUAAUUUACUCAGCCUUAACCAAACCACACCCGUCGAUAUCUCUAUCGAAGCAGCUCAAGUAAUAUGGGACGCUCAAUCAGACUUCAGUCUCCUCGCUUCCGACUCGUUCUUUAAGAAAUGGUAUCCAGCAAUCGAUCGGUCCACCGCGCUCCUGACGGUUCAAAGUGACUUGGAUACUCUAGCUGACAGCUCUACUCCUAGCGAUUUGUCAGUGCUCUACAGGAAAGGAUUUUACAAGGGAGCGGUGAAUUCACUGACUUUACCAACCUUGGCGCAGGCGAAGAAGCUGUGGAACACUGCGAGCGUGUACUCAAUAGUUAAAAGGGAUGUUGCUGUUGACGACGCUGGACUUCCCACAGGAUUCCGAGCCUGGGAGGAAAUGUACGAAGGGAUGGACUAUGAGGCCGAGCACUUGGUUGCCCAAUAUUCGCUUACCGAGCAAGUCAUCCAACCAGCUACGAUGGCGCAUACGCUGAACGAGCAAGAGCGAGCUCAGUUACUGGCAGCGAUGGUCGCUGAAACUUCUCUGUCAGAGGCUCAAAUUCGAGGCGUUGCUCGCUGGUUAUUCCAUUGGGCCACAGAUGACUCUCUGCGAGAUUUUGUGCUUUUCCAAUGGGCCACAGGUGACACUUUCCGAGGCGAUUCCGAGCUGCGGUUGGACUUCGGGUCUCACCUGGAACGUCUUUAUUCCUUUCCCGUCACGUCAGAGAUGAGUCUAGCGUCACUCAGGAAACUAUGGGAUGUUGCGACCACUGGAUCCUUACUGAACCCUGCGAGUCGAAUUCUUUGGUGUCUGAUCAACGUGACUGGUAGCGGUGGGGAUGUGAGGACGCCGUGCGCUCAUCUCUUGGAUGGCUACGGAGUUCUACAAACCACCGCUUUCGAUGAAUUCGUGGCACUGGUACAACCUUCAAUUCCCACUAGUCCUAUCAAUCGGGCAACGGCAGAUCUGUCAGUAUUGGCGCUUUCCUUUUUGAAACACGCACUUGGAUUGGUAGUCGACAAUCUCCUGGUCAUCGCGAAGUGGUAUCGGGAAGUGCCUGAUUCGUCGCUGUUUUUCCAGGUGUAUCAGCUAAACGAGUGGAGCGCAUCACGUACAGCAGCAUCCGAAGACCCGCUGGCGUUUGGCUAUGACUUAGCGUUUGUGCUCCCCUGGAAUACUGCAAUCGCUAGAAGCGUAUCUGUAUACGAUCUCGUCGCGAACGUGGCCUACGUGGGUGCCGGUAAAACAGAGAAGACAGUCGGAGAGUGCGGGAACUCCUUGUCACUACUUUAUACGCUGUGGGACGUCUCCAAUCCGUCGUCAUUUCUCCAUCCAACAGGAGUAUUAUCAUGGCUUUCAUAUGCACGUGGAGAAAUCGAUGAAGCAGAGCUAAUUGGUUCCACUAAUCCAUCAGCAAAAGUGACCAAGGACCAGCAGUUGGCAGACUCCACAGUCUCGUGCUUGUGCCAGAUUGUUGGACACUGGCUCCAGUCUUGGUCAAGUCACCCGAGUGCUCGUCUGUUUAUUGAAGAGUUUUGGAUCGCACCGCUCACCCAAGGCUCAGGGUCGAUAGCUCAUUUACUUCCAAGUGCGACUGACAUGGCUAAGGCAUUUCCCUUAAGCAAAUUGAAGCCGGAUGGCCAGGUAAAUGCCCCAGUCUUUGCUAGCACAACGGAGUGGUGGGUUGCUGCAGCUCGAAUUCUACUUGAUGUCUCGGAGUCUGUAGCGUUAACUAACCCCGGAAAGGGGUUUGCAAUGUGGACAACGCUACUGGUCGACUGCUUUUCAGCGGAUCGGGCAAUAAAAGUACUAUCGCGCUCCCUCCAGGGGCGUAUGGUUGCUGUAUCCAGCACAUUAUCAGGCGUAAGCGACGAUGUCCUGCUAGCCUAUACGGUAUCCAUGAUUCAGGAGCAGAUUGUGCCCUGGUUGAUAGCGUUAUUGGAUCACAAAGUGCUGGAGAAGUAUAUUCUGGAGCGUGUACGCCUUGCUAACGAUGACACGGACAACACCAUUGCUCCUUUGACCUUCGUGGAUUUAGCUGCAAUUCAAUUCGUUAACGGUAGUGUCACGGGAGCCAAUUACUCUGUCCGCGACGGCAGUACUGGACGCCUCCUUCUGAAUGACAGUGGAAGUCGAUCCGAACGCUUCCCACUUGAGGAAUUUGUUUUUGACGCCCAGAAUGGCGUCGUCGUACAGCAAACGAGCACCUUCCUCCCUGGCUUCGCUGAGCUACGCUCGUUCUGCACUGAAAGUUGCCAAGACCGUCAGUUUUUGUACGAUCACGAUAUCGAGUGCAGGUUUGGUACCGACUACACACUUUUAAUGAGUGAUGCCCGCAACCUUUGGACUGCGUUCGGUUAUGAUGAUAACACGUUGUGGAGUUGGCCUAAGCUCAAUAUCUCUGGUAGUGCGUUGGAAAGUGGAGUACCUCCCCCUUCUGCACUACCGAAAACUACUCGACGUGCGCUACUAUUGGAUGCAUUCCUAGCUCAACCGUUCGAGACAAUAGAACGGUGUGUAGCUGUGAUGGAGACUGUCGUCGAAGCCUUCGAUAGUGACUGGAGUGCUCAAGAGAAACAAUUGAUCUGUGUGGACAGAACGGGAGAGGCUGAUGUUGGACCCAAUGCAGUGUACUUACAGCUUCCUGGACUACAAAGUAUGUACGACAAGCCUGUAAGCUUCGUACGGGAUCUUCAGUCUUACCUGCGAUAUGUAGCUACCAAGUUUGGAUAUGAACCAAAUAUCCUCGGGCUGCCUCCCAGGCCUGCCCGUAAGAAAGGAUCUCUCUCGUCAUCGUUAGCUUACCCUACAGGGGGAUAUUUUGCAGCUUCAAUGAUAUCCCAGAUUCUAUUCGCUUCGCCACCAAGCGAAGAAGGCCAAUCCUCCGGUAAAACUCCAUUGUGGGCCAACUCAACUGCAACUGAGCGUGGAGCCUCAAUGUUUGAACUCGUAGCUGCAUUGGAAGAUAACGCUGCACUGUACAGGAAAGGCAAGAGCGUCGUGGGUCGUCUACUAGCGGUGGAUAGCUCUACACUCAUGAACGCAUGGGGUGAAAGCGUGGAGCUCAGCGGGGUUCGAGUGACGGAUGGGUCCCAGUUUACAACUGCUGUACUUACGGGUCAUGGUGAAAACUCGGCCAAGUCGGUCGAAUUUCCACCUCAGAAGCUCUACUUUUAUUGGGGGUACGCUCGUCGUGUGGCUCAGAUCUCAUUCGACAGCAUCACAACUCGCUUUGGCGCAUCAACGAUGCGCUACGUGAUGAACUGGACGUUGUUGCCAUCGGGACUCCCGAGUGGAAUUGUGUCUUCAUCGGCACUGACCUCCCCCAGUCUCAAUAUGAGUUUCCUCUACGAUGAUCUGCCACUGACACUGCAAAGUAGCUCGUCCUCGAACGCGUCGUCGUCCGUGUUUGAUGUCGAUCUUCAGACGGGUGUAGUAGUGCAUCGCCGGCUCGUGUGGCAGCUCACGGCCCACAUUGGAGAUCGCCAUGUGCUUGAUGCCUGGCAUAGUGAUUUAGCUGUAGGAUGGCUCCCGAUGGUAUGGAUCGAGGAAGAGGCAGGGAUCCAAGACGUUGUCCUUACUAGGAUUCGCUGGAGGCGCUUGUGUUAUAGCUGUCGGAUGCCUGUUGGGGUACAUUUCUAUUCAUCGAGCACGCUUGAUUCGCCUCCUUUCCAUCGUCCCUGA